AUGGUGUUCGACAGCGUGGGCGGCGACCUCGACGCGAGCAUCGACGUCGACAGCCCGGUCAGCAACAAUCCGGCAAAGUUGCGAUAUGGAAAGGUCGCGAUCUCCAUGGGUAUCGGCAUCGUUGCCGAUCAUGGGGGCCACGCGAACCCUUCCGCCACCGCCGGCGCCGCAAGCGCUCCCGCCAGCAACCAUAAGUGCAGCCACUCCGCGAUCUCGAUCAUCGUGGUUGCCAUCGCCACAUGCCCCGAUAGAGAUGGGGCUGCGAGACUGCACUGCGCGCGCCACGACGCACGAGCCCAGUUGACCACGGACCUGAGUGCUCGCGUCGACGACGUGAAAGGCGGAGCCCCCAAGACAGUAGCCCUGGAGCUUCUGAAGCACUUGGAGAAGCGCGUUGGUGCGUGUGCGCAGGCGUGGACAUUUUCGCGCGUUGGCAUUGAAGAUGUGACCAGAGCAAAUAGCAUUUACAUGCGCCAGGAGAAGUACGUGGCCUCCCUCAGGGUGAUCGGCAAUAAGUUUUUUGCUGUGUUGAAAGACGAGCAGAUCGUCAGCGAUCAGGCGAAGAGCCACUACUCUAUGCUCCUUGACGGUGUCUCCUGGAUCUGCCUCGCAGUGCCACCAUCGCCGCGGUGCGCGUGCAGAUGUACCAUGGUUGCGAGACUACAGCCAGGAGCCUGGCGGGAGUUCUGGACGACGGACGCCUCCAGCCUCCUCUCGACGCAGCAGUUGACGCCGGGGGCGUUCGAUUGCCUGGCUGCCACAGACGUGGGCGACCUCGUCGAGAGUAUUAUGAAGCUGCGCGUUCUUCCUCUGGGAGAAGUCCUGCAGUCUGGCACCCUGCGACGUCUUUACUGGGCGGGCGCGAGUGACAUGCUGGCGGGCGGCCUCGCCAAGGGGUCAGUUCCUCGCGACCGGCUGAUCCUGGUCAGCAACGCAGGCGAAUCCCGCGCGGUGCACGCGACGGCCAGCGCGACCGUCGUGAACGGCCGCAAGCAGACAUCUGGCAGCAGAGUUUGGCCACAGAUGGAGAUUGCGUACCUGAGAGUUCCGCACGGUAAUCCUGCUGCCGCAGACUCAGAGGAUCCAGACAUUCCGACGGUCAGGCAGUACUGCUACUGCAACGGCAUAGCGCCGUGCUCCAGCACCAGGCUCGCGCGGGGGUGGUUCCCCAUCACGGCCGCCACGACCCAGACGGAGACCACGACUACUUCGGGAACCACCGCCACGACCCAGACGGAGACUACCACCGCCACCGUGCCGCAGUCUGGCCGGCUGCUCGGGCUCCGGGAGCUCCAGCCAGAGCCCGCUGCGCAGGCCCCGCGGCGCAGCGGCAGGCGGCCCGCGCGGCGUCGCCCCCCCCGCGUACCCGCCAGGGUCCUCGCACUGCACCCAGCGGCUGUGGGCCCGCCUGGCCGGCGGCUGAAGUUUGUGCCGGCGCAGGUCAGUAUCGUCUGGGGCCUCACGCUGGAAUCGUUGGGGCCCUUCGACUUGUUCGUCCAGACUCAGGAGCGCGAAGGGGUGCAUCGAAAGCACCGCGUCUUCAGCGGGGAGGGCAUCGAUAGGUGGCAAGUCUCCUCUCAUAUGUCCCUGCAGGCAUUUCUUUCCACUACAGAAAACGCUCCUUGA